UGCCUGCCUGCCUGCGAAAAGCAUGUGGGCAUAUCUGGGGAGCCUGGUCUGCCUGUCCAAAGGGUGAGGCAGAGUUUUGGCGAGAGCAUUAUCCCUUGGACUCUUUUUUCCAGUGUGGCACUGUAAGGAUCCUACUGACUGCUUCCUUCUUCCACAUGGUGCCACACUGGGAUUAAUCUCAGAAGUAGGCUUAUGGGGAAAUCCCUUGCUGCUGUCUGAUGCUUGGCACUUACGCCUCAGGUGAAGUGCUGCAAGUUGUCUCUGCAGUCAAGUUGUGAUCCUUCUUGUAGUGAGGAAACUUAGCAUCUUGCUGCCCCUAUGACAGUACUGUCACUGCUCUGUAGGAAGACUUGGGUUUGAUCCCUGAGCGCUUUUGGACCUUGCUUUUGAAUAUUGUCGCUGCUGGGUGUUCCUGAGAACUUGAUGCACAAGGCGCGUCUCCUGGGCAGCAGUUGCAACUAGGUCCUCUCUUCCCACCUGGGCCGGGAAGCCCCUGAGAGCAGGGUAUGCCCAGGUGCUGACAAGAGCAGCAGACAACCUUGGGGCUGUGGACGCUUCUUCCGUGCGAACAUCAGUGUGCAGUGCUGGGUUGUCGGGCUGCUGAGCUGCAGUGGAGGAUACUUUAAGCACACUGAGUCAUAGGAGUUGGUGCCUGAUGUUACCAUAGAAAUCAGAUCUGUUGCUAGGGGUGGGGAGUUGGUUGUCACUUGGCUCUGCUGCUCUGCAUGGUUCCAACAUGAGCUCAUGGUGCAAGGGAGCCUAAUUUCUUGCUCUGUGUCCCUCUGGGAACGGAGGAGGUCAAACAGCAACCCCAGCCCUCAUGGGACAGCAUACUAAUUUUGCUUGGGUCUCUGGCUGGCUGAAGCUGUCAGGCCCUGUUUAUCUGCUGAACUGUCUUGGUGAUCCACUGCCCAUAUAUGUCUUGCUCUUUCGUAUUUUGGGGAUCUCAUUUCAUUUGUUUUGCAAUAGCUUCCAGCCGUUUGGGAGCCACAGGGAAGUGGAAACUGGUUAUAAACUGUUUUCCUUCUAGACUCUGCAAAACAAACUGCAGUAUUUGGGGACCAUGGCUACAGACCCACUGUCAGAGCUUCAGGAUGACCUGAAUUUGGAUGAUACCAACCAAUCCCUCAGCCAGCUCAAACUGGCCUCCAUAGAUGAUAAGGACUGGCCAGCAGAUGAAGUCCCUGUUUUUCCCAAAUCAGAGGACUCCAAAGGCUCCCCUGAGCCUGUCACUCACCUGCGGUGGGACGAUCCCUAUUACGAUAUCGCCAGGCACCAUAUUGUGGAAGUGGCAGACCAGGGUGCACUUGAUGGGGCCCGACCAGGUGAUGACAAGUACGGAAGGAAAGUCAUUUUGUUCAGUGCCUGCCGGAUGCCCCCAAGUCAUCAACUUGAUCAUGUGAAACUGCUGGGGUACCUGAAGUUCACGUUGGACCAGUAUGUGGAGAGUGAUUACACACUGGUGUAUCUGCACCAUGGCCUGACCAGUGAGAACAAGCCAUCCCUGAGCUGGCUGAGGGAUGCCUACAGGGAAUUUGAUCGCAAGUACAAGAAGAACAUCAAAGCGUUAUAUAUUGUACACCCAACUAUGUUCAUCAAGACUCUGCUGAUUCUCUUCAAGCCCCUGAUCAGCUUUAAGUUUGGGCGAAAGAUUUUUUAUGUGAACUUCCUUAGUGAGCUGGAGGAGUAUGUGAAGCUGGAGCAGUUGGGGAUCCCAAAUCAAGUGCUAAAAUAUGAUGAAUAUCUGAGAUCCCUGCAGAAACCUUCACAAGUGCCCCAAAAGCCAAUACCCCCACGCCCACCGCUGCCAAACCAGCAGUUUGGAGUUUCGCUCCAGCAUCUAAGGGAGAAGAGCCCUGAUCAGUCGUCUGUUCCUCUGGUGGUCAGGGAGACCAUUGCCCAUUUGCAGGAGCAUGCUCUUGCAACAGAGGGGAUUUUCCGGAGAUCAGCAAAUACACAGGUUGUCAGGGAGGUCCAGCAAAAAUACAACACGGGUGUGCCAGUAGAUUUCCAGCAGUAUGAAGAUGUCCACCUCCCUGCUGUGAUCCUCAAGACCUUCUUGAGGGAGCUACCUGAGCCCCUCCUCACUUUUGACCUCUACAGCCAUGUUGUGAGCUUCCAGAGUGUGGAGGAGGAGAAACGUGUGGAUGUUGUUCGCAAAACACUCCAGACUCUGCCAGAAGAAAACUACCAAGUGCUUCGUUUAUUGACAGCCUUUCUGGUGCAGUUCUCUGCUCACAGUGACCAAAACAAGAUGACAAACACCAACCUGGCAGUUGUUUUUGGCCCAAAUCUGCUGUGGGCCAAAGAUGUAGCCAUCACCCUCAAAGCCAUCAACCCCAUCAAUACCUUUACGAAGUUCCUGCUGGACCACCAGAAGGAGCUCUUUGAGGAUGUGGAGGCCUGAGCCCAGGCCAGUCCACGCUAGCACACUGUGCCCACCUUCCCACCUUCUUUCCCACCUUGUCUUGGAGCUGUGACCAAGCUGUCUCCAGUGCAAAGGGACCAUUGAUUCCCCGGGUGAUGAGCAGUGAGGGCUGUGGAGAUGGUGGAGUAAGUGUGUAAGUAAGCGAGCAGGAGACCUGCUGCUCCAGGUGGGGAGGGGAGCUGGUCUCCCGGCUGCUGGGAGUGAAGUCCUAGCCCACCUGCCAGUCUGUGCAGCUCCUCCAGGGCUCAUCACCAAUCUGCUCCCAUGUAAGCUGAUCUUCCUUCCUUUCCUCCUUCCCUCACAUGUGGUUUUUCUGCCCUCCUGGUCCCUUCCUCAGCAAAGACCUAAUUUGUUUAAACUCCUUGAAGUCCUAGCUCAUCCCCCUUGCCUCAGCUGGGCUAUCAGGGCCACGGCAGGCUUACUGUUGUGGGGUUUUUUUGUUUUUUUGUUUUUUUGGCAGAGAUGUUCUUGCUGAGUUCCAUCUUCUCAGCCCUGAACAUGCAUCCUGCCUUUCCCCAACGGCGCCUGAAGCAGCGAAGGGAGCAGGUAGCUCUUAUACUUUGGGUACCAGCAUGUUGUGCACUUGGCAAACACCACUCUAGAGCCUGUGUUUUUGGCAGGCAAGGUGAAGGACAGGCCCAGGGUUGCAUGGGCCUGCCAGACUCUGACACAGGGGAGCUGAGUUUAGCCCAGCACUCUUUGGGGUUAGCUGCUCCAGAUAUUCUUCAGCUUUCCUGGGAUAUGGUGGGUGAGGUGCCUCCUACAGUUACCCAGCUCAGGUGUUAAUGUCCCUCCAGCAGCAUUUCCAGCCUUGUUGGGAAGGUUCAGGCUCAACCUGGCUGUGUGGGGGGCCUGGUUGAGGCCAUUCACAGAGAGUGAAUCUGAAUUGCAGGGGGCAAGUGCCCUAGUGACACUGAACUGCUGAAUACCUUGAUCACUGCCUUUCCCUGUGGCAACAACACAAGGCCUCUUCGACCCCUUCAGGCACAUAUAUCUGUACUAGUUGGCACAGACUGCCUUGGCCAUCCUUUUUCUCUUCAGUUUGAGCUGAACUUUCUCCGGCAGAACAUAGCGGAGAGCAUGGCCUUGAGGGAAGGUCUGAGGACUGAGGCUAACCCUUACUUUGGAGUGCACUAGACCUGGCUUUCAAGUCUCUGCCCAGGUGCUGAGCGCUCAUGUGCCAAAGCUGUGAGGGAACAGCUUCUCCAUGCUGAGGACCUUUGGCCCAUCUAUUCCUCGGUUCAUACUUCCCUUCCAUCCUAUUGUGGAAGCCUGAUCUGAUGCAUCCUCUAUACUCUGGGCAUGGCUGGAGAAAUCUGGUUGCCUGCAAGGCAGGCUCAGAGCAGGGUGGGCCCAGUGUCUUCCCAAAGUAGCUGCAAUACAGUUAGUACUUUCACUGUUGGUUUUGGAUUGCAGCAUUCCCCUUACUUGAGCUAAAAGAAAUCCCUAUCCUUAGCCUGGACCUGAGAGAGUGUUAGUGAGGAAGCUUCUAGCCUUACUUUGCCAAUGUGUUUUAUCUUGUGCCCUGCAUGCCUGGGCCAAGCUUGCUCCCUGCUGCAUCUGCCGCAGGGACAAAUGUAUUGGACCAAGCAGAGCUCAUUUUUUAAAGUCAUUGGAUCCUAAAUGGCGUUUACUUUUUCGUAGUAUUUUAGCCUACCUUUAAACACUGCUCAAAGGUUGGUGCCCUGGUUGUAAUCAAAUUAAGUUGACACGCCGAUGAUGAAUAUCAACAACAGGAAUUGUGGAGAUUGCUAUUUCUGCUAAGCUCCAUAAUGGGGAUGAGUGCGAACCUAGGCAGCUAGCUCCGUGGGGCAUCUGUGGGGGCACUGCAGGUCCAGCCAGCUGGUUUGGGGAAAGUGUGAGGCAGCGCAGGUCCGUCCAGCUGGGAUGGGGAAGGCGCACCAGUGUGUGGGUGGGAACAGUGAGCCAGAAGCUGAACGCUCCUAAGACUGGAGCAAGGGAUGUUCCAGGACAGGGCUGGGUCUGAUCCCUGCUAGAUGCUGGGAGACUCUGUCUUAUGGAGGCUACCAGGCUACUUAGUCUCCCUCCCCUAAGAGGAGGAGUCUUCCCUGUCUGGGUAGGAUGUGAGUGGUUUCAGCCUGGACAGUUCACAGCAGUAGGCAAAUAACGUUUGGAGGCAGAGAUACUCGGCUCUCUACUGGAGUGAGUUACGAGGGCUGAUUUGCUGUGGAGAAGUACUCUGCUGGGAUGGACAGUGGAGGGAGAGGUGUGCUUGGCCCAAUGUUUUCUUUAAGAGGCAAGGCUUACUUGACAGCCUGGGAGGAGCAAAGAGGCUGAAAGAGUCCAGGAGCACCGCUUGCUUCCUUUCCCUGUGAGCACCCUGCUCUGUGUAGGCUUCAGCAUGGGGUGAGGCUGGGUGCUAUGACUAUAUCUUUAGCUGACUCUGGCCUUGCUUGUAUCUCCCUAGAGGAAAGGCAAACCCAGCUAACUUCGCUAGGGACAAACAAGCUCAAGGCCAGGAGCUUGGAAUGGGAAGUGCCUGUGCGCUGGGGCUGCUGCCCUAUGCGCAGUCCCAGCUCUUUGGGGAGGGUAGCAAGUACUGUUCCCUGCCCCAUAGUGAGAGGAGCAGGGCUGGGAUAGCUUAGCCCCUCUCCAGGGAGGGAGCAGGGAUUGCUGCAAGUGUCUGUGUUAUGUCUUUUUUUUUUUUUUUUUAAUUAAUUCUUGAAGUAAUGUUUCUUUUUUUUAGCAAAAUGAAGCCUGGUGCAUCCCCUGCAGGCAGGGAUAAAGCCUGCUCCAGGUCAGUGCCUGCAGGGAGCAGAUUUGGAGGAUGUUCAGGAAGCUCCUACUGCUCGUGGUGGGAAAGUGGUUGUAAAUCCUGGAAAGGACCCAGUGUAAAUAUCCUCUUUCCUCUGCUGCUCCUCAUGCUGGAGCUGCUAGGGGCCCUGGAGCAGGCAAUGUAACCGGGGCUGCUUUUGCUUCUGCAGUCUGCUCUCCUAAAUGCCUUUUAUUGAAAUAUCCCUCCCAUGACUUGGGCAGGGAACUGGUCUGGGCCUGCCUGUGGCCUCUGCUGGGUGGGUGGCCACAGGAGCUUGCAUCUGCCAAGCCCAUGGGAUUAAAUUCCCUCCUCACCUGGUCAGCCUCCUCAUGCAGAGCACCACAGGCAGGAGCUAGGCCCAGGGGCCUGCCUGGACUGUUUUUUCUCCUCUGCGUGCAGGUAGGGGACAGUAUCUGAUUAGGGAGCUGGUCUUUGUCAUUUUUCUCCUUGUCGUAGGGCUGCCCAGGGCUCCCUUUCAUAGCUUAUUUUUCAGAUUAGCUAUUAGCCACUUUUUCCUGCGGGGUUAGAGAACUCAUUCCACUUCCAACCUCUGCAUUUUAGCACCUAGCCCAUUCCCCUCUGCUGAGCCUAGUGCUAUCUUAAUGGCCCCAAUGACUCCCUGCUCCCUGGCCCAAGCUAUAUACUGACAUUAGAGCCAAUGGGUGAUGCAGAUGGUGGUGGGGCCACCUGGAUGCCUUGUGGUAGUGUCUGCUCGUUUGAUAGAGGGCUGAGGGCUGGUUGGGCCCUUGUUUCUUCUUUUGUGUGUGGAGCCCCUGUGCAAAACUUCUGGCUUUGCUUUCGUUGCUAGUGUUCCCUGCCUUCUUUUCUAUUGUUCCUCAGGUGCUGGGCUGGGGUUUUCACAGUGGUAUCAGUUCACAUUCAUGUUUAUUUCCUUCUAAUCUGCACCAAUCUUAUAUUUCACAGUUUGCACUUUUUGUAUUUCAAUAAAAGUCAAAACCUAA